AUGCCAAACAAAUACAAGCGUAUACCGGGUAGCCGGACAUAUAUAAAUUACAGUGACGAAACACUUCAACAGGCCCUCGAUGAGGUAAGACAAAAAAAACUUUCAUACAGAGAAGCAUAUCAGAAAUAUGGUAUAUCCAUUUCUACUUUGAGUAGAAAAAUAAAUAAAAAAAACGUUAAUAAACAUGGUGGACAAAAUGUAUUAACUCCCUUAGAAGAAAAAUGUAUUGUAGAUGCUAUAUUGUACGCCUCUGAUUGGGGUUUUCCGUUUGAAAAAGAUGAUGUGAAAAAUUUAGUAAAAUCAUACUUGGAUCGUGCUGGCAAAAAUCUUAAACCAUUUAAAAACAAUUUACCUGGUGAAGUUUGGUAUAAAAAUUUUAUUCAAAGACACAGUAAAGCUCUAAAGAUACGACUUGGUGAAAAUAUAAAACGUUCACGAGCUGCAGUGUCAAGAACAGUAAUUAAUGAAUAUUAUAAUAAUUUGGAAAUUUCUCUCUCAGGUAUACCUCCACAAAAUAUCAUUAAUUACGACGAAACAAAUUUUGUUGAUGAUCCUGGUCGAAUUAAAGUCCUGGUAAGAAAAACCUCGAAGCAUGCUGACAAUAUAAUGGACUCAACAAAGUCAGCAACCUCAGUGAUGUUUUCUGUUGAUGCUGCUGGGUCAAUGUUACCCCUUUAUGUUGUAUAUAAAUCCACACAGUUAUGGGAUUCAUGGACUCUUGGAGGUCCAGAAAAAUGCAGGUAUAAUCGAACGCCAUCUGGGAGGUUCGACCAAAGUAUUUUUGAAGAUUGGUUCAUAACUGUUGUUAUACCCCAUUUUCGACGGUUGGAAGGUAAUAAAGUAGUUAUUGGGGAUAACCUAGCAAGUCAUAUGUCAAUGAAAAUUAUCCAGUUAUGUAAAGAAAAUGAUAUAAAAUUUAUAUUUUUACCACCCAAUAGCACUCAUUUGACACAACCUUUAGACGUGUCUUGCUUUAGGCCAGUUAAAAUUGCAUGGCGAAAAGUUUUAAAAGCUUAUUAA